AUAGAUCAGCUCGAACGCCCCCGCGGUCUCGCUUAAGCUCGAGAUGCUGGUGGAAAGAAGGAAGACGUAAUGAAGUGAGGAUCUCUGGGUUGUUGCAAUGGUCAGAUUAUCAGUUUAUUGCCACAAAUUCCACAACCCGGAGUUGCUAUGAAGGCGGGGGCCUCGUCCAUGUGGGCUUCAUGCUGUGGUCUGCUGAAUGAAGUCAUGGGCACAGGGGCAGUGAGAGGCCAGCAGCCUGGGUUCGGAGCCGGUGCCGGACCCUUUCGGUUUGCCCCCAGCGCAGGAUAUUCCACAUAUCCGCCCACAACCUCAGGGAGCCCCAGCCUCGUAUGUAAGGCUUGUGGCCAGGCCUUCUCUGUCUUCAGGAGGAAGCAUAUCUGCUGCGACUGUAAGAAGAGUUUCUGCACUCUGUGCUCUGUGCUUCAGGAGAACCUGCGUAUAUGUGCCACAUGUCACCUGCUGAAAGGGACGGCCUUCCAGAGACCACAGCUGAUGCGGCUGAGGGUCAAAGACCUGCGGCAGUACCUGCUGCUACGCAACGUCCCCACAGACACCUGCAGGGAGAAGGAGGACCUGGUGGACCUGGUGCUGUGUCACCAGGGGACAGAGGGGGAGGAGGACCCCAACAACCCCCUCUACACCCCGCCCCCCUCCGCCGCACGUUCCACCUCCGAGCUGUCUGCGCUCUCAGUCUCCGCCUCUCAGGGGGAAGCUCUCAGCAGGAGCGACAGCUCAGGGACAACCAACCAGGAUAUAGGCGACGCCACGUCUCUCUCCCUCCUGAACCUGGCACCCAGUGAGCACACUCCAGAGGUGAGCCCUCAGACGCGGCCGCGAGCGCGGGCCUCUCUCUCAGACAUCUCCAGCCUGAGGGACAUCGAGGGCCUGUCCGUUAGACAGCUGAAGGAGAUCCUGGCCAGGAACUUUGUCAACUAUUCAGGCUGCUGUGAGAAGUGGGAGCUGGUAGAGCGCGUCAGCCGCCUGUACAGAGAGACGGAGGAGAACAUGAAGUCAUUGGAAACCGUCAACACAGCUAUAACUGCAGUGGUGGCCUUGCCCCCUCCUCCCAUCUGCAAUGGAGGGAUUGGAGAUGGGGAGAAGGCCCAGCUGACCAACGUGGAUGACAACCUGUGCAGGAUCUGCAUGGACUCCGUGAUCGACUGCGUCCUCCUGGAGUGUGGUCACAUGGUCACCUGCACCAAGUGUGGCAAGCGGAUGAGCGAGUGUCCCAUCUGCAGGCAGUACGUCGUGAGAGCCGUGCACGUCUUCAAGUCCUAAUGUCUCAACCCACCACUUCCUCCAUGUCACAUCAUCAAAACAUUCACCUCCAGAGAAACAGAUCUGUGUUGUUCUGUCCCAGUUGUGUGUGUUCUGUUAUCCCCUGAAACGCUUACAUUAUUUGUAAACUUGAUCAUGAAUUUGAGAAAUGCAGUGUGUUCAUUUUUUCCCACUUCAUUUCUUUCUUGGGACGAAUCAGUGUUUGACCAAUGAAAAGGAGGGCAGCAGUCUACCCUUUAUAUUAACCCAUUCCAUUUCUAAACACAUCCUUGACGUUUUCUCAUCUACCGUAUUUUUGUGUUAUGCUUUUGCUUACUUAUGUUGACUUUUAAACAAGAAUGUGAGCUGUGUGUGCGUACCAUCGUUCCCAGGUACCUACAGAGUGAACCACUAAUUGUGACUGUCCCAAUGACCAAACCGUAUCAUGUAAUGUCUGCCCAUAUAGAGGUCUAUUUUGAUUUGGAAGGAAGUCUCACAUUUGUUUUAAUUCUGUCAUAACAUCUUAGCACUGAAUGUUAAGAUGAAUAAGAAAACGGGUGCUAAAUACGUUCACAUGUUUUCCGUUUGUUAGUAUACUAACUUAAAUUGUGGAUAUCGUCACUGUCUGAAAACCUUAUCUCCCCAAAAAAACUUCAGGAAAUGACCAUAUUUUCCCAUUAGCGAAAAUACAAUUAUGAAACUUCAGAAGCUAUUUCGAAUACAUUUUCUUGGUCCUAGAGUCAAAUGUUCAGAGUACAACAUUGAGGGGUGUUACUGCUUUCAAUAGAUGAAAAACACAACUAAAUGUAAAAAAAAAAAAA